GGAAUAUAGUUACUCGUUACUAGAUACCUGCUCGUCAUUAUACAUUUGCGGCUGUUCGGAGUGUUCGUUUAACGACGAUGAAGAUUACUCGUUAUUUCGUCUUUAUGACAGCGGUGUUGUGGGCACAGCUGCCCGUUUCUUGUAUGGCACAAGAAGAGCUUUUUAAAAUAUUCAAUUGGAUUCUUAUCGACUGCCGAACAGCGAACAGUGACUGCUUAAUGAUGUGCGUGUUUUCAAAAAUGGAAAUUAUAACAGAGGAGCAAGAGUACGACGAGAGAGAAAUGCUUGACUGGAUGAAGUUCCCCGUAGACAUGGGCUUACUAACACAAGACCAAGCGAAUCAAAUCGCUGCUGCGUGCAACCGUGUGAACGAGGUUCGUACUACGGCCUGCAGCACAGGUGAAGAAGUACGAAAAUGCCUCUCUGAGGAAAUACACAACGUAAUGGGUGUCGAGGCCGGGAGCAAGGACGAGGCCGAAAUGGAUAUAACGGCACAGCAACAGGAAAGGUGGAACCAGAUAGCUACUGAAUGCAACCAUAAGGAGAUUUGCAUUGAGCUUUGUGUCUACAAGGAAACUGGCAUUCUUGAUAAAGACGGAUGGUACGUGGAAAGUAAAGCGCUAAAAUGGAUGAAGUUUUUCAUAGCUGCGGGAAAUCUCACCCAAAGUAGAGCCAACCGAGUCGCUGCAGCAUGCAACCGCGUGAACCAGAACAUUAGUAGUGAGGAGUGCGAAAGGGGUCUGCAAGUUGCAAGGUGCAUCGUUCAGGAAACUGAGAAGGGACAAGUUAUACUGGAACUGGAAAGUUUAUACUUGAUGGUUAUUCAUUGCCGCAAGACCGAACCUGCCUGUUUAUUGUGGUGUAUGUUCGAGAAGAUGGCAAUCCUCUUAAACUCCGGAUGGUACGUGGAAUUGAAAAUGCUAGAAUGGAUGAAGAUUCCUAUUGACAUGGGGUUAUUCAGUCAAGAUCAAGCGAUCAAUAUCGCUGGAGCAUGCAACCGUGUGAACGAUCAGCCUAAUGACAAUUUAUGCGAUAAAGGCGAACAGCUGCGAGAGUGUUUAAAUUCAGAAAUAGAUCAGGUACUAAAUAAUAAAGACAACGGGAAUGAGAUGGAGCCCGGACAGGAAGGCGAGAUAACACCCGAAAGACUGAAGUCGAUUGAAGAAUAUUGCCAGAAAACCUCAAACGAGUCUUGUUUCGCGCUGUGUAAACUGACGUCAAUUGGAGUUAUAGAUGAGCACGGACAGUAUGUGGAGAGUAAAGCGAUGGAACUCAUAAAGAAUUACUUAGUACCUUUAGUACUAUUAAAAGUACCUACACGAAUGGUUGAGAUCAUGAUCCCACGUCUAAUUGAAGUCCCUAAACUCUGCAGCCGCGUGAACGAGCAUAUCACUAUGGGCUGCCAACGGGGCGAGGAAGUGCAGAAGUGCAUUCAGGCAGAAGGCAAGACGCGGGUUUUUGAAGCAAAGGCGGCGUUUAUGAAAACAUUGGAAGAUAAAGUGAAGAAUUGCGCUCCUAACUGUGACGCGCUGUGCGCGUAUGAGGUCGCUGGACUUGUAGACAAGAACGGAUACGUAAAUACUGAAAUGAUAAAAUGGAUCCGUUAUCGCCUCCCUGAAGAAAUGGUCUUGAACGAAUCUGUACCCAUGGAAAUCUUUGACAAUUGUCUGCGUGUGAUCACGCAUAUUACUACUGACUGUCAGGGAGCUGAUACAAUGGAAAUGUGCAUAAUGGAGGGACUAAAGAAGUAUUUCGGAUAAAUUCUGUCAUACCGGCGUUGAAGAAUACGCAGAAUUAUUAAUUAUAAUUAUAAUUCAAAUAUUAUGCCCAGAGGAAUCCAACCAGAAAGAAUUAUAAUUUCGACUUAGUAUUCCAU